AUGCAAGCUGCUGUUCAUCUUCCAAACACACCUACUUUGAAGAUCGUAAAUGACUUCGAGAUUCCGAAACCCGGACCAAACCAAGUUCUUCUAAAGGUCCAAGCUUCCGGGGUCUUUCUACUCAGCCAGUUUCCAGAAGAUCCACGCACCUAUAUUUUGGGGCAUGAGUGCUCUGGAAUUGCCGUCGCGCUCGGGUCCGACGUUAGCACAAUUCAAUUAAACAAACGCUAUGUUGUCCUCAACUUGGGCGGUUGUGCUGGCUGUGUGGCGAAACUCGGGAGUUCGAACUCGACGGGAUCAACGGGAUCACCACCUAACUUGUUCGACCUUGCAAUUUUUGGGAUUGGAGCAAACGGUGGACAUGCAGAAUAUGCAGUAGCCAAUGCCGAUGUUCUUGUCCCUGUUCCUGACAAUGUGUCUGCAGAGGACGCAGCCGUAAUGGCUGAUGCAGGAACCACAGCCUGGCAUGCGAUCAAGACAACAGCACAGGUUAAGAAAGGUGAUCGUGUCCUCAUUACAGGGAUCGGUGGGCUCGGGCUUCUAGCAGUGCAAUUUGCCGUCUUCCUCGGAGCGGAGGUGUUUGCUGUGGAUAUGCGCCGAAGCAGCCGCGAGCUUGCACUCAAGUUUGGUGCUCGUCAGGCAUUUGACCUCAUCGAGCUCGAUGUUGCACUUACCAAGGGCUUCCAAGUGGACAUUGCAGUUGAUUUUGUUGCUACUAAUACCACUUUUACCAAGGAGAUUACUGCUAUUAGCGGGGCGCUAUUUAACACUGGCCUGCAGAGACGCGGGAGGCUGGUUAUAGUCGGAGUUACUGACCAGAACCUGGUCGUGAAUGAUUUUAUGGGUAUCUCUACCGGAGUGGAAAUUCGUUUCUCUGUGUACGGUCUCAGAGAGGACUUGGUUGAAGCUUUGGACCUUGGAAUUAUCAAGCCAGUUGUUGAUAGACUUCCACUGCACGAAGCGAACAAGGCGUAUGACGAGCUCCGCGCUAAUUUGGUUUUAUCACGCAAGGUCUUGAUUCCCCCCACAUUCUGGAAGGGUCAAGACUGA